AUGGAAUCGUUCGGCCCUCUUGCGGUCGUUUCGGCCACUAUUCUUUCUGUAAUCGCUGUUUUUUAUAUCGGUAUCAUGGGGCCUUCACGUUACCACCGUAACGGCGUUGUUGGGUGGUUAUACCGAGGCAUGGUGAAGCUCCCACAUGCGUGCGUCAGUUGCUGUUGUUGCCGUAGUGGAACCAGCGGUGGGUUAUUCAGCUGCUUCAUGAAAACCCGGUGUGGUCGUUGUUUCCACUACCUUAUGAAUGAGCGUCAUUGGGGUUUAGUUAUUCUCUACAUCAUCCUCGUAUGGCCUGUGGAGAUUGCAUAUUUAGCACUGGUUGCCAUGCGACUCAAGGCAUCACUUCUCUCCAAAAUGGUUAGUUGGGGGCUCGUCCUUUUCUCUGAAGUUGUUUACUUCGCUGCCGUCUUUUCAGACCCGGGGACUGUCACAUCGCGGUCGGAAAAGGACGCUCAAAAGCGUGCAUUUGCCACAGCUGGUGGAGCAAAGCCACAGAUGAAAAAGGGUCAUGAAGCAACAAGAAAGGGCGAGGAGCGAAUGCAAUAUCGGAAGUUUUUACUUUCCCCUCGUGCAGAAGAGGAGCAGGGUCAGCGCUACGUUGUGGAUGGGAUCCUUUACGGAAAGGAUAGCACCCGCGGUUGUGGAGUUGAGUGCCCCACCUGUAAUGUCCCCCGCCCCAGCCGUAGCAAACACUGUCGGAUGUGUAACCGCUGUGUUCGGCGCUAUGAUCAUCAUUGCCCGUGGAUAAACAACGACGUGGCGGAGGGUAACCACCGUUGGUUCUUGCUGUUUCUCCUAAUACACAUCAUCGAAUGUAUAUGGGGACUCUGGGAUUUGUACACAAUGGUGGUGCAGUUUCUAACAGCGCAAGGUUUGUGGGUGUCGGCCAUCAGGUUCGCUAACGGAUACACAUACCGCAUAACAAAUAUCCAUCGCCUCUUUGCAAUCGCGACGAUGCAUCCUUUGGUGCUCUUCUUGAUUAUUUUUGCCGCUCCCAUCACUGUUGUUCUAGCGGUUUUUUGGCUGCAGCAAAUGUCAUUUGUGGUGUCAAACGUUACCAUCAACGACAUGAACAAAAUAGACACAACAAUAGACUUUAUCACCACUUUACCUACAGCGACAGAUGUGUACGAGGAGGCGCAAAACGUGCGUUCCGUGCUUGAAAAUGUCGCAGCGCGACCACCCCGACGGCUGAGGGCGCUGAAAAGGCCAUCGGCAGAGGCGAUUGUUGUGGGAAGCAAAAAGGAUAAGGCAUACCGUAAAGAGGUGAGUAAGAUGCUGAUGAGCGACCUAAAGGGGUUGUUUAACCGUGGGGUAUGGAAUAAUCUGAAGGAGGUGAUGUUUCCCUACAGUUGA